GCCUCCGGUGCACACGUGCCGUGUGCAAAGAUCUGUAUGACUAGGCCGUGACCGAGCCGAGCGGCGCCAUUCGAUAUCCAGUAUUAGUGUGCGGUGUUUGUCCAAGAGAAGAGAAAGAGAUUAUUCAAGUGCGCGAGACAUAGACGAUUUGACACACAGACAAAAUGCCUUACAAACCAAUCGAACAAGUGAAAUGCCCGAAGUGCGGAAAGUCAGUCUACGCCGCCGAGGAGCGCGUAGCCGGUGGACUUAAAUGGCACAAGAUGUGCUUCAAAUGCGGCCUUUGCGGCAAGUUGCUCGACUCGACAAACUGCAGCGAGCACGAGGGUGAGCUCUACUGCAGAACCUGCCACGGACGCAAGUUUGGACCCAAGGGUUACGGAUUCGGUGGUGGUGCUGGAUGCCUCUCCAUGGACCAGGGAGAUCAUUUGGCUCACCAGGAAUACAGAGGUACGAAUGCAAUGAUGGAGCCCCGCGCCAUCGCCAAGGCACCCGAGGGUGAGGGAUGCCCCCGCUGUGGCGGCUACGUUUACGCUGCCGAGCAGAUGCUCGCCAGAGGAAGGCCAUGGCACAGGGAAUGCUUUAAGUGUGGCUUCUGCUUCAAGAGACUAGAUUCGGUCAACUGCUGCGAGGGUCCCGACAAGGAUAUCUAUUGCAAAGUGUGCUACGCAAAGAAGUUCGGUCCGAAGGGCUACGGCUACGGCCAAGGUGGUGGUGCUCUCCAAAGCGAUUGUUACGCCAACGGGUUUGUUAGUGAUGCUGCUCCACGCACGACGACCGUGGAUACGGCCACGAUCCAAGCGCCACCGGGCAAAGGUUGUCCUCGCUGUGGCGGCGUCGUAUUCGCCGCUGAACAGGUGCUCUCCAAGGGUCGCGAAUGGCACCGAAAGUGUUACAAGUGCAGGGACUGCACCAAGACUCUUGAUUCGAUCAUAGCCUGCGACGGUCCCGAUAAGGACGUUUACUGCAAGACUUGCUACGGCAAAAAGUGGGGACCUCAUGGUUACGGUUUUGCCUGCGGCUCCGGAUUCUUGCAGACCGAUGGCGUCAGCGAGGAAGAUUUAAUAGCGAGCAGGCCAUUCUACAACCCCGACACGACGUCGAUCAAGGCGCCAGCAGGCCAGGGUUGUCCCCGCUGCGGCGGCAUGGUAUUCGCCGCCGAGCAGCAGCUCGCCAAAGGUACGAUGUGGCACAAGAAGUGCUUCAACUGCGCCGAGUGCCACAGGCCACUCGACUCGAUGCUCGCCUGCGACGGACCCGACAAGGAGAUCCACUGCCGCGCCUGCUACGGCAAACUCUUCGGACCCAAGGGAUUUGGAUUCGGACACACGCCUACCCUCGUUUCCACCGACCCCGAUCACGCGCCUUCAUAUCUCGAGCCGAAGCCAGAGUUGGGCUCGAAGGCGCGCGACGGCGAGGGCUGCUCUCGCUGCGGCUACCCUGUCUACGCCGCCGAGCAAAUGAUCUCGAAGAACCGCGUCUGGCACAAGAGGUGCUUCAGCUGCGGCGCCUGCCACCGCUCGCUCGACUCGACGAACCUCAACGACGGACCCGACGGCGACAUCUACUGUCGCGGCUGCUACGGCAGGAACUUCGGACCACGCGGCGUUGGCUUCGGCAUGGGCGCCGGCACACUCACCAUGGCCUAAACAGCUCCUUCCAAUCGUUAAACGACGGCUGACCGUCCUUCCUUUUCCCCGAUCGCGUGCACUAUCGCGUGAUUCGAGAUUCUAGCGACGAAAAGGAGGGCGCCCAUGGAAGAUCGCCCAAAAAAACCACAGACAGCGCGAACUUGACGCCCGAACAGGUGCUUUUUCUUUUCUUUUCUUUCUUUUGCCCGAGUAUACAUAGGUACUAUUUACACGCGUCAUUGUUGUACUAGAGCACACUAAAUAACAUAGGAUAUUGUUGACGAACUCGAGCGAACAAUCCACGACGCAAUUCAAACGUCGCGAUUAUAAUGUGAAUGAAAAUAUUGCUGUAUUUUACUCAUGAUAUUAUAAAUAUUCCACCCUUUGAUCCUCCGAUGACGGCUCUAUCUGUAUUUGAUAUGAAGUAAAGAAAUUAAGGGGGGGCGAGGAGUAUUGAGUUAUAAAUACGGUGACAAAAAAAUAUAUUAACUAACGAACGAAUUUUUUGUUAUUACGGUCAUUGGAUCCGAAGUCUUUACAUUACUUAUUUGAGAAAUCUAGUAGAACUGGAUACGGUAGGAUUGUACGAACGAGAGAUGCUUCCGUACAAUAAAAUUUCUUUUGGCAUCUAAAUUGGUACGGUAAGGUAUGGAAAUAAGGUUUUCAACGUCUUUCUUUUUUUUUUUAAUUCGCUCAAUAAUUUAUUUCACUCUAAAAUAUUGAUAAACAAUAGAUUUUUCUCUUGAUGUAAGAAUAUUUUAUUUUAAGAGCGAUAUUUGUGCUCUAAAAUGACUUCGGGUAAGUUCUACGGAAUUUUUUCGACAGGAAAAAUUGUUUUAUUCAUCAUCGAAUUAACGAAAUAAAUUCCGGGCUACCCGUAACUUUUUUUAUUUACGGAGCCUUGCGAUAUUCAAAAAACGACGAAAAUAAUUGACGAUGAGAAAAGAAAUAUUCAUUCUAAUGCUGAUCAUAAAGUUUCUUUUCUUUUCACGGUUCAUUUUUAACAUUCAUUCGCUUAAUCAUCAUCUUCAUCGCGUGUCACACCUUUGAUUUUUCUAAUUUCCCAUUUUUGCCCUUAGAUUCCAUUCAUCAUUAUAUUAAUUCUUUUAUUUUAUUUUAUUUUAAAAUAACUAGAUUGAAUAACUUUUGAGUUUUUACUGGAAUGUUGUGUUGCUCGGAAGUAUCAAUGUUGGAAACUUGUAACUGAAACUUUAUAUAAAAAAUAUAUAGAAGUUAGUAAAAAAGUUUCCGGGAGUAAUGAGCAACGAAGGAUCAAGAAAAUUACGGGGAUUACUCGGUGUCACCGAUUUUUACUUGAAAAAAAAAAAAAAAAAAAAAAAAAACAGACAUUUUUGUACUCCGCUGCUAUCAUAGAUGUUGAUAGCUACCCAACUUGUCCAUAGCUAAAAUUGAAAAAAAAAGCAAAUAGUAAAACCGGUGUAGCUCUUUUGCACUGCUUGUAAUCUAUUUUUGCAAUUUUCUUGGGAAUUUUUGUUGUUCUCAUUGGUCAAUGAAGCAACAGCGACAAAAUAUGAAGAAACUCAAGAUUUAACGAUGACGUUGUGAAUAUAUGAUAGAUCGUUUUAUUAUGAUUUACACUCGUAACUGCACUGUAAGUAUAUCAUCUCAUCCAGAGCGUAAUUUAAUGUAACUACGACUAAGAAUGAGAAUUGAUUUAUUUUAAAUGAAUAUAUCAAUAAAAAAAAUUUUAAA